UUCGCUCGCCAUCCGCAGCAUCAUGUCUCCAGCUGCAUCCCUGUGAAGUAUGGGCUCGCCAUCCCCGGCGGAGCGGGGCAGCAGCAGCAAGAGAGGCAGCGACAAGCCGGACAAGAGCCCCCUGGUCCCGGGACAGCAGGCGGACCUCGCCAGCCCCUGGAACGGGCACCUCUUCCUCUGGGACUGGGCCAGGAGGCCGGCUCGCAUGGGAGACGGAGCGCUGCUCAGCCGGGACCGGAGCCGAUCGCGUUAAGGAGGCACAGACCACCCCCCAUACCCCGCUUUCCCCUUCCCAGCCCCCCCAACCAAUCCCCCAGGGUCCCAGCCGGAGCCAUGGCGGCUCUCUGGCUGCAGGAGUUCCAGCGGCAGAGCGACGAAGCUCCGCAGCCGUACCCCGGAGAGGAAGCCGAGCAGCAGCCCGGCAGCAAGCGGCCGCCGCCUGGCCCUCUGGCCGGCCUCCUCCUGAUGGACGAACAUCUGCCGGUGCUGGCGGCCGAGCGACAAGAGGCUCCGGGCGAGGAGACGGCCGCUCACCCGGGCAUCGAGGAGCUGCUGUGUCAGCUCCGGCAGAAGGACAGCGACCUGAUCCUGGCGGCCAAGCUGGGCAAAGCGCUCCUGGAGAGGAACCAGGAGCUCAGCAACCAGUUCGAGAUGAUGCAGAGGGAGCUCACAGACAAACUGGAGCAUCUGGAACAAGAGAAGCACGAAUUGCGAAGACGAUUCGAGAACCGUGAAGGAGAGUGGGAAGGCCGUGUUGCUGAGCUGGAGAGUGAUCUGAAGCAGCUUCAAGAUGAAUUGGAAAGGCAUCAAGUCCAGUUACGUGAGGCAAACAAGGAGAAAGUAAGAGCAUUAAGGGAACUCUCUGAACAGAACCAACGCCUCCUAGAACAACUCACCAGGGCAGCGGAGAUAGAGCAGCAGCUCUCAAUGCAAGUUCACAAUCUCCGUGAUGAGUUCCAGGAGAAGAGCACCUCAACAAACCAACACGUAGCACGACUGGAGAGUUUACAAGCUGAGAUAAAGGCACUUACAGAGCGAAAACGUGAACUGGAGCAACGCAUCAGUGCAAUGAUUGAAGAGAAUGAACUAUUGCAGAGCACGAUUGAGGACCUUCAAGACCGAGUGAUGAUGGCAGAGCGACAGAGCCAUAACAAGGACUUACAGCUCCAACAGAACCAGCUUGAACUCCAUGAAGUACGAAUGUCUCACCGACAGCUUCAAGUGAAAGUUGAUGAAAUGAAUGAGGAGAUGAGUCUACACAGUGUGAGCCCAACAAGUACAUCAUUGCUAUCAGAAAUUGAGCAGAGCAUGGAAGCAGAAGAGCUGGAACAGGAGAGAGAACAGCUGAGAAUAGAGCUCUGGGAGGCUUACUGCCAAGUACGCUCACUUUGCUCACACCUGAGAGGAAAUGACAUCACAGACUCUGCACUUUCCACUGACUCCUCUAUGGAUGAAUCCUCUGACACCUCCUCUGCCAAAGAUAUCCCCACAGGGAGCCUUCACACAGCAUUGCAUGAGCUCAAACGCCUGAUCCAGAACAUUCUUGAUGGAAAUGAGUCUACGGUAGUGCUGCUGAGAGUUGAAAUGAAUGCAAUGAAAGAAGAGAGAGACAAGCUGAAGGUGACUUCUGAAGAAAAGGAACUAGACAAGCAGCUUCAGAAAGCUGUCAGCGCCAGGGAUGAAGCCAUAGCAAAGAAGAAUGCAGUGGAAAUGGAACUGGCCAAGUGUAAGAUUGACAUGAUGUCACUCAACAGCCAACUCCUUGACGCAAUCCAACAGAAACUCAACCUCUCUCAGCAGCUAGAGGCCUGGCAGGAUGAUAUGCACAGGGUCAUUGACCAGCAGUUAAUGGACAAACAACAGAGAGAGUGUUAUCCGCCAGCUCAAUCCUACCGGAACAGCUGCAGCAUGAGGCACAAAGUCAUCUCCUCGGUGAGACUGGAACGAAAUCGACAAGAGGUCGUUGGGGCAGAAGGGAAAAGUCCCUUCUCAUUUUUCAAGAAGAAUUAAUUUUCUUUGUAACUGCUAAAGAGACAAUUGUGGAUUUGGCAGGGCUUCAAGAGAUUCUUUGUACAAAGAGUGUUCCACUGAAUUGGGAAGAAAAUUUGUUCUUCCUGGGCUCAGGCAAUACUUCCAUUCACCCGCAAAAGGGAAGCAGGUUGGUGUAGUAGAGCAAACCCUGGGUGGUCGAACAAGUGAGAUAGCCUUGUCACUGGAGAUGUCCUCACGCUUUUACUGGUGCCCAAAUAGUCGUGGACAAAGGUUCUUGUACAUGGAGUGUUGCACGACCAUACUGUACAUAACAGGUUAAAUCAAAUUGUGUUGAUAAGUUCAAUUAUUCUCUCAAAAAAUUAAAUUCAAAAGAAUGUAAAUGUGCAAGAAAUGAGUUGAAGAAUGUCUGAUUUGAGAAGGACUGGAUGUUUGUAUAGUAUGUUUUGAGAUAGUUGGACUGGUUGCCCUUAAAGAAUUGUAUAAGACAGCAAACCCAUAUACAUCCAUACUAAGUAAUGUACAGCACCCUGUGAACAUUGCACUUCAGAUGAUUCACAUGGAAUACAGCUGCAUGUGCAUGUAUGGUGUGGGCAGUUCACUGUGUGCCUGUGGAAUGUAUUGUUUGUCUGAGUCAUACCUGUUCAGUAUACCGUAAGAUAAUUCACUUUGCACAAGUUCAGUAUUGAAGUGAAUUUUGUGUUGUUGUAUAAGGUGCUCCAUAAAAUCAUCUUUGCAGAAAGCCUGUGGGUACGAAGUCACUAUGCGAGUGUAAGGUUGUCUGAAUAUGAAGUAUUGGUCAGUAUAGUCAAUAUUCCACAGUACAUACCUUGAUGGACUCAUGGUGAAUGAUCGUGGUGUGAAAUAUGUCACGAAUUUUGGGAAAAUGAAAAGUACAAGAGUCCCUGGGAUGUUUGACUGCAGCUGUAAAGAGAAAAGACAGAUUCAUGUUUUCUAUACAGGUAUAAAAUUAAAACACAGAAGGGAUUGUCACCUGACCCAUUCUGGCUGAUUGUGAGACUGUCACUUAGGUGUUGGGUUAACUGGGUACUCGUAUCAGAAAUUGCAGGCAUGUGAUGCUGCUAAAAAGUUAAUUGACUAAAGAAAUGACUGAACAUCCACAAUUUCCAAUGUAGCUGUCCCGUGGGCAUCCAGUUGCAGAACCAUUAACCUACCCUUUCUCUUUUCAGACAUUAAUGGAAGCAUUGUGUAUUUAAAGAUCUUCUAUUUAAUUUAACAUUCAGUGAAAGAUUGGAUACAGAGUCCUAUCCAGAAGAGUUGGGUUAUGUCUGUACUGUGUACUGUGGAAUCAUGCAAGCUCGAAUGUAGGUUGAGAUAGCAUACUUUUUGCCUAAUCGGUAUGGAGCAGUGCACUGUAUGUUUAUGAAGUGAUGGACAGCACAAGACUGUUGUGGAAUUAUGUGCAAAUGUGCAAAUUGUAUGGUGUGUUUGAAAUUGCAGACUGUACAAAUCUGGGAACAAAUUGAGACAGUGCACGUUAAUGUUGAGUAAGCAAGUAUCCCUGGAUAGCAGCAUGGGACAGUACAUUGUGUAUGCUAUGGUCAAGGUCUCUAUGCCUAAGCCGUAUAGUGGAUAGGUUGGGAUAACUGAUUGUAUGCCUGUUUGUCAACUGAGGACAUGCAUCAUGUGUUGGAAAGAAUGAGUUUGUUCUUCUCUGUAGAGAGUAGAGUGUUAGGGGAGUAUUUAUAAUUUAUUAUUGUAAUUAUCGUAGAGUUGUAACCUGGGAAAAUACACGUGAAUAAUUGUGUGGAGUCAUGUGGUAUGUAUGUGCAUGAUGUGAAUAGUAUACUUUUUGCUUGUGAAGUAAAUUGUGUGACUAUGCACCCUAUGCCUAUAAACCACAUAAAGAUAAACACAGUGCAUUACUACUAGGGUGCUCAAUCGUGUGAGAGAGCCUAUUAGGAGCUGUGUUGAAUGUGCUGUGAACAUACAGAAUGUCAGUGCAUCAUUACUGUGUCAUAUAUGAUGGAUGUGAUCUGAAACUUCCUAUUUGGUUUUUGAUGUUUGCAGGCAAUUUAAGUCAGUGACCUCUUUGAAUUUUCAUGCAUAACUGCACAUGUGCAGUACUUUUACAGGGACCAACCUGUGUAUCACCUGCGUGGGGAUUUUAGCAUCACUGUGCAGCCUUGCAGAUUUGAGGGUGAAUUGUCUGUGCAAUAUGGUGCUGGUAACACACCUGCCUGCAAUACACAAUAUUAAAUGUACUGUACACCCUGUACAGUACUCUCUGUGGUAUUUGAUGAUGCACCAUGAACAGUGUAUUACUGCAUCUGUGCAUCAUCUACCUACACAGUAAAGGAUACUGCACUCUGUAUCUGUGCAGUAGUGUACCACGUGCCUUUCCAGUUGAGUGUGUGUGCGCCUGUCUGAUAAUGCGCCAUGUGCAUGUAUAUGUAAGAAUAUAUCCUGCGCAUGUCCACUGUGGUGUGGGCUAGUGUAAUGUGUGCCUCAAGCCUAUAUAGUUCGCUAGUGCACCACAUAUGGUAUGUGAUGGAUUGUCAUGUGCUUUUAUGUUAUAAGAUGUCAUCAUCCGGCGAAUGUCACCUCCCUGUUGUCUUGAGUCUGUUACUUGUGCUUGUGACGUUUACAAUGAGAUUGCGUGGUAUUUGCCUCUGCAGUGUCUAUGGUGCAAUGGCACCACCUGCUGUACAAGAUAGCAUGAGGAAUGGCGUUUGUUAGACACUACAGAAUGGGACAGUGUACUCGGUGCCUAUACGUGAUCGUGGAUUGUUAAUAGUGUGUGCCUAAGUGGUACGGUUGGGUGUUGGAUUUUUGGGGUCAUGUAAACCUAACCUGUGCAGCAGUUUGCCACGUGUCUGUACAAGCAUAGCAUGGUUCUUAGCUGGGACUGGGGGAGCGCCAUAAUCUAGAUACAUUUCUGGGUGCCUUUGGAAUUGGAAUUGUAUAAGGCACAACAUAGGGUCUUAUGUAGUGUUCACAGGCAGACCAUGUGCCUGAUCAGUAAAAUCACAUGGAGUCGUGUACUGUUCCUCAACAGUACUGUGUGCCUGUGCAAUAGGUUGUGGGUUAUGUUUUAGCUAUCUAUUGAGAGGGAACACGGGCAGGCUAGUGAAAUACAAAUGGUCAGCACAGUGAGUUUGUGGUUAAACUGGUGGGAUGUAUCACUUGUUCUGCACUCGCUUCGUGUCACUUCAGCUGUAGGGUUUUUUUUGCACCCACCCCAGCAAUGUAACCUAAAGAUCAAACCUGACAGUGAGCCAUGCAGAGCAGGGAGGUUUCAGGUUCAACCUCUGCACAGUGCUAAACUAACAAAAGUCGGUCAGGAUAGCAGUUGCUGCUUGGCCUUUACCUCUUCCCUGGACUGGGCUAUUAUCAGUUGAUGAUUGCUUUGGUCAUUAAUAUUGAGCUGCUAAUGGAUAAAGCUGAGAUGAGGAUAAAGGCUCAGUUGUGAAGUCAUUCGGUUUAGAUCACCUGUCUGAGCUUGUAGUGAUCAGCACCUUCAGGAGCGGAGAGGGGCGAGGUGGGUGGGUGGGGGGAGACCUUCU